UAUAAGGACAUGCAGCCCCGCUUUGAUCGAAAUAACAUUGGAUUUUCAGGAUCACUAUCAUGCCAGUGUAUAGAUUUGAAGGCGAUGUAAACAUAAACUGUGUUUACUCUCCCGGAACAUGGCUUAUUAAUCGAGACAAUCUAUAUUUGACCAUAGAGGUUUUUGGAAUAACUAAAAGAACACGCUUGCUCAACGCUAUAUUCCCACUCCUCAUCCACGAAAAGUUUUCAUUCGAUAAGACUUUUUAUACUGCUCUUUCUGCCUGCAACGUUGUGGAUAGAUUAGAAGAUUACACGGUAACAAUUGAGAUAAGACAGAUUGCUGAUGUUUAUCUUGGAGGGACACUUUUAGCAUAUUACUCGACGAAUGCUAAGGAAUUUUUCUCUCCAUGUUCGAAAAUGUGUUUGAGAACUAUUCCCAAGAGAGAUUUGCUGUUGCUUAAGACGAUUGAUUUUCCAGGCGUUUCCCCAAGGCUAGAAUAUUCUGUUAGUUCUGCUAUCAAAUGUCACCCAGCUUCAUGUUAUUGCACUUGCUGUUAUUCUUUGCCACAGUGCUGCUGUUAUGAUCCAUGUCUUUACAAGCCAUUAACACCGACGCCAAGUUAUCAUCGAGCCACAGUCAACAGUGCUUUGAGAUGCCGUUAUCCUGAAUCUGAUGGGUCUAAAUGCAUUGUAGCAUCUGAUACUGCUAGUCAUAUAGCGAAGUCACAAAGUGCUUCAAGAACCUCUAGAAGCCCAAAGAGAGGGGCUAAUGUAGAUGGGCCAUAUUCGUACAGACCUCAGUGUCGACCAAGAUCAUUGUCUGCGCGUAGUCGUCAAAAUUACAAUGAAAUUUCGCCUGUUAACUCAUUAUCCACAUGGGAUCUACGUGAACGGACAAUUCGAGAUGCACAAGAUCGCAGUGAUCGUUAUUGGCAUUUGUAUCGAUUUUGGCAAAAUGAAUAUGAUCGAUUACGUUUACAAAGAUGUUGAAUUAAACAAACAAAAUUAAUUAAUUUUAUGUUCUUCCUUAAACAAAGAACACUUUCCAUUACAGAUUACUCCUACUAUUACUACUAUUAUUAUUAUUAUGAUGAUGAUGAUUGAAACUUAGAUCUUAUUAUUUCUUUGACCAUAUUCACUAUUCAAAUUAGAUUUGAAUGAUCAUUAUUUGACAUAUGAAUAUGUUUAUUGUUUCAAUUGUAUAGUUGUCAAUUCAUGUCAGGAAUUAUUAUGAUGUCAGGUAUUGAAGAGAUUAGACUAGUGUUCACAUUUUCAUUAUUUAGAGAUAUACUACUUAAUUCUAUGAAUUAUGUAUGAAUUAUACUACUUAAAAAAGAAAAGAUUUUCAAAACUUUAUUCAUGUAUUUUUGUGUUUUUUUUUAGUUCUUUUAAACUUUUAUUUUCUAUAUCUUAAACCAUUUUAUUGAUCUAAUGUGCCUUAAUUAUAUAAAACAAUAAAAAGAUGAUAGAACAUAUAAAUAUACUACUGAAAUCCAUUUAUUUAGUCAAUUAAGUAUUAUAUCAAGAUUUAUAAGAAGAAAAAAACGAAGAUCAUAUUCCAAUACAAAAACAACAACAACAACAACAAGAUUUUGAAUGAUCUAGUUCAUAUUUCAAAGAAAAAAUCUAUGGUAUUCCUGUUAUUUUUUUCAAAUUUCAUAAUGAUACUAUUUACUACUUAUUUUGUGAUGUUUCAGUAGUAUACAUUUACAAAGGAAAAUGUAUAUGUAUAUGUAUACAUCAUUGAAUGUAUGAAUUAGUAAUGUUUUAUUUAUGAUAUUAGUGUAUCAAUCACAAUAAUAAUAAUAAUAAAAUAUAAAGAUUAGUUUCAC